AUGGCGCGCGCGCUGAGUCUCCUUCUCGGGGCGCGUGUCCGUGCUGUCGUGUCUCGCUGCGGGUUCGCGACCCAGGGGGUGGCAGGCCCGGGGUCUCCCGGCCGCGAGCCGGACCCCGAUUCCGACUGGGAACCAGAGGAGCGGGAGCUGCAGGAGGUGGAGAGCGCCCUGAAACGACAGAAAAAAGCCAUCCAGUUCCAGAAAAUUCGGAGGCAAAUGGAGCCGCGCGGGGCCCCGCCCAGGACUCUGACUAGGGAAGCCAUGGAGCAGAUCCGGUAUUUGCAUGAAGAGUUUCCAGAGUCCUGGUCAGUCCCCAGAUUGGCUGAAGGCUUUGACGUCAGCACCGACGUGAUCAGAAGGGUUUUAAGAAGCAAGUUUGUACCCACCUUGGAGAGGAAACUGAAGCAGGAUCAGAAAGUCCUUCAGAAAGCUGGGCUUGCCCACUGGCCCCGCCAGCUUCCGGGCCCUGGGGGUGCCCAGGAGCUGCUUUCUGCAGGCCUCCCUGUGUCGGGAGGUGCAGCCUCAUCCCAAGGCCAAGGUCACAGUACGGCUUUGAGGGUGAUAGAACCGAAUGCUCAGAGUACAAACACCCCGAGAAGACAGAAGGGAAGGAAUAAAGGAGUCCAGAGCCUGGAGAAGGAAAGCUUUGUGCCUGUUGCUGCAGCCCAAGGUCAGCAGAGAGAGCGGCAGAAUUACUCCACCAGUGAUUAUGAGGGCACCAGAGGCCCUGACCGUGAUGCAUUGCCAAGAGCGAAGGAGCUGGAAGCAUUGAAAGCGAGAGAACUGGAUGGCCAGAACUUCAGCAGCAAGGUAGUGCAGAGGGGGCGAGAGUUCUUUGACGACAACGGGAACUUCCUGUACAGAAUUUGA